CACCUAAUAAACCAAUCAUUAAUUUCACCCCCUUUAUUAUAAAAAGGAAACCCUUUAUUCCUAUUUCUUCACACCACACCAAGCAACAAUAUAAGCACUAGUGUCCUGUACUAGUACUAUUUUCUCACAUCACAAUUUCAUAACAACACUUCAAAAGCUGCCUAAAAUGAAUAACAUCAUGCAACAAUCUCUCAUCUCAACCUUAUUCCUUCUGGCAAUUACUUUCUACACCACCACCUCUUUAGCCCAACUCUCCCCAAUUCAACCCCCUACAACAACAUCAUCACCACCCUUACCAUCAACCACAGCAUCACCGCCAUUACCAGGAACAACUGCAACAGCACCAUCACCAGGACUAAACACAGUUCCACUUGUACCAACAACACCAACUGGUGCACCAUCACCCCUCAUCCCAAAAGGACCCACCAUUGAUAUAAUCAGCAUCCUCCAAAAAGCAAAGAGAUUUUCCGUCCUAAUUCGUCUUCUCAAAACAACACAAUUAAUCAACCAACUCAACUCACAGCUAGUAUCAUCCUCAGGCUCAGGAGGUUUGACAAUUUUUGCACCAGAAGACAGUGAUUUUUCCAAACUCAGAGCAGGAUUCUUAAACUCUCUAUCUGAUAGACAAAAAGUUGAACUCCUACAAUUUCACACUCUAGCUUCAUUUAUUUCAAUCUCAAACUUUGAUACCUUGACCAACCCUGUUCAAACACAAGCCGGUGAUGAUGCUAGGCUUCAACUGAACGUCACUACUUACGGUGGAAACCAAGUCAGUAUGGCUACCGGCGCAGUUAAUGCUUCUGUUACAGGAACGGUUUAUACUGAUAGCAAACUGGCUAUUUAUCAGGUUGAUAAGGUUCUUCUUCCUCUUGAUCUUGUUCUUCCAGCUAAAGCUCCGGCGUUAGCCCCAGCGCCUGGUAAAGGGUUGCCUAAGGCUGGAAAAACUAAUUCUUCUGCGGUAGAUGAUGGUAGUAGUACUGGUAGCGAUGAUAGUGAUGGGAAGGUUUUGCCGACGGAAGCUUCUAAGGCAGGGGCUGUGGUGAUGUGUGUGAAUGUUGUUGUUCUUGGAAUGGCGUUGGUUGGUGGAGUUGUUCUAUAAGGUGGAUGUCAAAUUGUUGAUUUUGUUGUAAUUUUUUAUGUUUUGUGUUGUGUGAGUGAUUCUGUUUUCAUCUGAGGUUCUUUUACUAUUUUUAUCCUCAAAGCAUAGACGUAUUAGGCCAUGUAAUGUGGUAUAAUCAUGAUAAACAAUCAAUGGUCCGACUUUGUAGGCAAUUUGGGAUGUCUUUAAUUAAUCUCACACAACACAUAGUACUAUGAACAAAGCUUCUCAACUUUAUUAAAUGUAAAAUGUGAAUUCCAACUGAUAC